AUGACUGCAGCACAAACUGAUUUCAGCGAAAAUUUGUUCGCACGCUAUUCCAUGUACGGGAAACUACGCCGAGUCGUAGCGUUUUGUAUACGCUACCUACAAUACUUGAAGGAUCGUUCCAAACAACGCAAAUCCGAUCCUCUGUUCACCGAACUUAUCGUUCUUCAAGGAGAUAAUAUCUCAUCCAUACCACGACUUUCCACCAAGGAGCUUCAACACGCCGAACAAUCACUGUGCUGCCUGUCUCAGCGCCAGAUUUUCACUGAGGAGCUCAACGAUCUAGCAAACGGCGAACGUGUUUCAAAAUCAUCGUCGCUCAAAUGGCUGAAUCCGUUCGUUGAUCAAUAUGGAAUCCUUCGCGUCGGUGGUCGCAUUGGUAACUCCGCAUUGUCCGAUGCAAUUAAACACCCGAUCGUACUGUCCUCUAAACACCCGCUGUCUGCUCUGUUGGCUAGCAGUUACCACUUAAAGCUACUGCACGCAGGUCCGCAACUCCUGCUAGCCACACUCCGCCAGAAAUUUUGGAUUCUGGGCGGCAGAAAUCUAGUAAAAGCCGUCUUCCACCGAUGCCACACUUGUUUCCGUUCCAAGCCCACUCUAGUCCAGCAGAGCACAGCCGAUCUCCCGGUAUCGCGAGUUUCGCCAACGCGUCCUUUUUCCGUGUGCGGUGUCGACUACUGUGGGCCUUUCUACGUCAAGUCAGCAGUUCGAAAUCGUGGUCCUACAAAAGUCUACGUGGCCAUAUUCGUCUGCUUUUCAACCAAGGCUGUCCACAUCGAGCUAGUGAGCGAUUUGUCGACUCCAGCGUUCCUAGCUGCGCUCCGUCGUCUAGUCGCUCGCCGGGGGAAAGUUGUCGAGCUCCAUUCCGACAACGCAACUGCAUUCAAAGGAGCUUCUCAUGCCUUGAACAGGAUUUACCGUAUGCUGAAGGUGGAAGCUGUUGACCGUGAUCAAAUUUUCGAUUGGUGCUCCGAAAAUGAGAUCGUUUGGAAGUUUAUUCCGCCCCGAGCACCACACUUCGGUGGUCUCUGGGAGGCUGCCGUCAAAUCGGCGAAGACGCACCUUCUAAAGACCGUGGGAAACGUCAAUCUCGCUUACGAAGACCUGUUGACAUUGUUGGCACAAGUCGAGAUGUGCCUCAAUUCUCGCCCGCUUACUCCGAUACCCGAGGACCCAUCCGACCUAGAAGUCCUGACGCCAGGACAUUUCCUUGUUGGCAGCAGUCUACAAGCAGUUCCUGAUCCGAACUGGAAGGACACUGCCGAUAAUCGCUUGGAUCAUUGGGAUCUGACCCAGAAACGUCUGCAGGAGAUCUGGUCCCGCUGGUACCCAGAGUACCUACAACAGCUUCAAUCUCGUGCAACAAAGGGUUGCAAUCCUCCAGUCACCGUCGAAGUCGGUGCCGUCGUCAUCAUCAAAGAGGACAACGUUCCGCCAGCAAAUUGGCCGCUGGGGAAAGUCGUCAAGCUUCAUCCAGGAAAAGAUGGCAUCGUUCGAGUGGUGACACUCCGCACAGCAUCAGCUACAGAGGUCAUCCGUCCCGUAGCACGCAUUGCUCUACUUCCAUCAGCAAAAUCAACCUCAACCGCUUAA